AACCCUAACACUCGAAUCCUAUGAAGCUACACCACAGAAAUACGGCUUUCUUACGAAGGAUGCAGCUAGAAGGAGGAAGGCAGGAAUCCAUUGCUUGGGCAGCACGGAGUGAGAAGAUUAUUUGGAGGCAAUGGUUAGUAUCAGUGUGCUUCUGUCAUCCGCCUGAGCCCUUCGACCAGAAUAGCGUAUUGGACUACCCAAUUCUAGCACAUAUAACGCGCAUAAUUCGGCCUAAACAUACCCACUUUGCUUACACUCAUCUGGUAGAUUGUAUGUAACACAUAAAACAUCCCACUCGCGACCUUCGAGCCCAACGAUGGUACCGGACAAGGGUGGCUACGUCAAUAGCACGCCGUUCGCAGGAACGUUCCCGUGUACCGCAGCAGUGAUUUUGGAUAAUGCUACCGUCUUGGCUGGCACAGCUGCUCUUACCUUGUUCCUGACCGUACCAUUCCAUGUGCGCUUGUGUAUCACCUUCCACAAGGUCGCUGAGCCUUGUCCAAGUAAUCGUCACAGGGGUGCAAGUCGCUCAACUCUCCGAUCAAAGCGCGGCAUCAGAAUACCACACUUUAACCCCAAAUGCGACUUCGAUGAAUUAACCAUGUCUACCUCUGAGGGCUGAUAUGAAACUACUCCCGUGUGCAAUGCAUAGUUACGAGCCUUCUUUGUUCCAGCUCAGUGGUCCGCUAUACGUACCACGUAUUGCACAAAUCAGUUACUUUUUUCACGUCCAUUGAAAAAUCAUCGAGCCAGCAAAAUCACUAAAAACCUUAUUAGGUGACGCCACGGUCACACCUCUGUCAUGGCGCCCGCAAGAAAUUGUCACGCCAGAGACUAGCUGACGACAGUGACGGUGAAAUGGAGGCUGGUGACGAUAUCGUGGGUCCAUUAUACGUGGCU